AGAGUCCCGAAAAAACGGCGCGGCCGCGGCGGAAGUGACGUCACGGGGAGCGGGGGAAACGGCGGGGGAUGGCGGGGAGUGACGUCAGCCCCUCCCCCUCCCUUCGCCUGGCCAUGGCCGGGGCCUGGUGGGCGCUCAGGGGGCGUGGCCUGACCCAUGGUGGGCGUGGCCUGGACGGGCGGGGCUGGGGGCGGCUCCUGGCCCUGCUGGAGGCCGUGGGGGGAGGGGCCCCGGGGCUGCUCCGCCCCCGGCACCGCGCCCGCCUCAGCCUGGGGCUCCGGGCACAGGUGGUGACGUCAUUGCUGCAGGAGCUCGGCCCCGCCCCCGCCGUGCUGGACGCGCUGGAUUGGCUCUUCCCCGAGGGGGCGGGGCCAGGGAGCGGCCACGCCCUCGGGACGCUGCAGGGGCGCCCCCUGGUGGCCGUGGCCGAGGAGAGCUUCCGGGAGCAGGUGCUGGGAAUUCUGGGAAGUGGGCGGGGCCUGGAGGCCUUCCUGGAGGAGUACGGGCCCCGUUUCCAGAACUCUCUCCGGAAUCUCUUUCUGGAAUUUUUGCGCCGCCUGGAGAGCGCCCUGCCCCCCCCCGACCUGGCCCAGUUGGAGCAGCUCUGCCGAAGCCACGCCCCUCCGGGCACGAAGCCACGCCCCCUCCCCAUCCUGCGCCUCUAUUUGUCGGAGGUUGGCCACGCCCACCCAGAGCCUGUACCACGCCCACUUCCUGCUCGGAAAGCCACGCCCCCGACAAAGCACCGCCCCCUCCGCCGCAGGCUCCGCCCACUCCGCUUCUCCCCCUACCACGCUGACGGGGAAGGAGAUCGAGAUCGACAUCGAGCCCACGGACAAGGUGGAGCGGAUCAAGGAGCGCGUGGAGGAGAAGGAGGGGAUCCCCCCCCAGCAGCAGCGGCUGAUCUACAGCGGGAAGCAGAUGAAUGAUGAGAAGACGGCGGCCGACUACAAAAUCCAGGGGGGCUCCGUCCUCCAUCUUGUGCUGGCCCUGCGGGGGGGCGUGGCCCGGCCCUGAUGUGGGCGU